CUUCUAUAAACACCUUUACCGGAGUCGUUCUUCACUGGAACAACCGUCCCGGCGGGGCUCCUCAGCACUGCGGCGCUACCGCUGACAAGGACGUUAGACCCGUUUUAUUUACCAGCCCAGGGGGCAGGGCGGAGACCCGCCCCCCGGGAGCUGCCGGACAUCGCUCCCUGCCGUUGCGGCCCCCGAGUAACGCGGCUCCGCCCCGCCGGGCACGACCGCAGCCCCCGGCUGCAAGGCGCCCCGCCAGCCCGACUGCGGGCCGCGCUCCGCCGCACCGCACCGCGGGGCCCGCAGUCCGCGCCCCCCCGCUCCGGGGGAAGCCGUUCGCGGCCCAGCCACGCGCGUUGCCCGCAGCGGGCCGGGCCGCGGCCGCGUCCCCGCCUCCCGGCCGGCCGCCGGUGCCCGCGCAGCCCCAGGGCCGCCGCCCGCCCGCAGCGCGGGGGCACCGGAACUGGCAGCCCGGAAGCGGCGCGCGCGGCGUCAUCAGAACAUGGCGGCCUGAGGCGGAGGCGCCGCUUCCCUUCCCCUCCGCAGGUCAGAAUAAAGAGGCUGCAGCUCGUUGUCAAAAUGCAGUAUUCCCAUCACUGUGAGCACCUUUUGGAGAGACUGAACAAGCAGCGAGAAGCUGGCUUCCUUUGUGACUGCACUGUUGUUAUCGGUGAAUUCCAGUUCAAAGCACACAGAAAUGUGCUUGCCUCUUUCAGCGAGUACUUCGGUGCAUUUUACAGAGAUGCAUCUGACAAUAACGUUGUAUUAGAUCAGACUCAAGUGAAAGCUGAUGGAUUCCAAAAACUCCUGGAAUUUAUUUAUACGGGAAACUUAAACCUUGACAGCUGGAAUGUUAAAGAAAUUCACCAGGCUGCCGACUAUCUCAAAGUAGAAGAAGUGGUCACUAAAUGCAAAAUCAAGAUGGAGGACUUUGCUUUUAUUGCUAAUCCCUCUUCUACAGAGACAUCUAGUAUCACUGGAAACGUUGAAAUGAAUCAGCAAACUUGCCUUCUGACUCUCCGAGAUUACAGUAAUCGGGAGAAAGCAGAUGCUACUUCUGCAGAAUUGGUUCAACCACAGGCAAAGAAAGCAGCUUUAGAAAAGAAAUCUCCUCAAACCAAAAAGCGAAAGAAGAAUUUCAGCUCCCCCAAAACCAUACAGAAUAAAUCCAUACAAUAUCAGAACGAUGUGGCUGAGAACACGUCCAUUGAAAUGUUUUUGGAUGCAAAUAAGCUGGCCACCCAGAUAACGGAACAGGCUGCCCAAGGCAGCGAUAACUCUGAACUACAGCUGGCAUCUGUGGUGGAAAGCGAAACACUGGCAGCGCAGGAUAUCCUGGUUCAGAGUAUUGCAGCAAAACAGAAACGGGGAAAGCCUCAGCAAAGCUGUGCCCUGAAGGAGCACUGUAUGUCUAACAUAGCCAGUGAAAAGAUCGCUUACCAGCUGGAGAGUUCAGGAGAAGAGCUUGACCAGAAGUACUCCAAAGCUAAGCCAGUGUGCAACACCUGUGGAAAAGUCUUCUCAGAGGCUAGCAGCCUCCGACGACACAUGAGGAUACACAAAGGAGUGAAACCGUACGUGUGUCAGCUUUGCGGGAAGGCAUUCACCCAGUGCAAUCAGUUGAAAACCCAUGUAAGAACUCACACAGGGGAGAAGCCAUACAAGUGUGAACUCUGUGACAAAGGCUUUGCUCAGAAGUGCCAGUUAGUGUUCCACAGUCGGAUGCACCACGGAGAAGAGAAACCAUACAAAUGUGAUGUCUGCAACCUGCAGUUUGCAACUUCAAGCAAUUUGAAGAUUCAUGCCAGGAAGCAUAGUGGCGAGAAGCCCUAUGUGUGUGACCGGUGCGGGCAGCGGUUUGCUCAGGCCAGCACACUCACCUACCAUGUGCGUCGCCACACAGGCGAGAAGCCUUAUGUGUGUGACAGCUGUGGAAAAGCGUUUGCCGUCUCAAGUUCUCUCAUCACCCAUUCUCGAAAACAUACAGGAGAGAAGCCAUAUAUCUGUGGCAUUUGUGAAAAGAGUUUUAUUUCCUCUGGAGAGCUCAAUAAACAUUUUCGGUCCCAUACAGGUGAAAGACCAUUUAUCUGUGAAAUGUGUGGAAAUUCUUACACGGAUAUAAAAAAUCUUAAGAAGCACAAAACGAAAGUUCACACAGGAUCUGAAACUCCUCCCGAUUCUAAUGCACUUGAUAAUUCUUUCAAUGAACAAGAAUCCAUUCAGAGUCAGAAAAGUCCUUUACCGGAGUCCAUAGAUGUGAAGCCUUCUGAGAUGUCUUUAGCACUUCCUCUUCCCAUUGGGACUGAAGACCAUCAGAUGCUGCUUCCCGUGACGGGUAAUCAGUCUCCUUCAUCAGAAACAUUACUAAGAUCUGCUGUGACUGGAUAUUCAGAACCUCAGUUUAUUUUCUUGCAGCAGUUAUACUGACAGCGCAGUACAGAGCCAUCACCAUCAUUUGGUAGUGAACUUGUAUACGUUUGGUAAGAUGAACAUAAGCAAGCAAGCAGUCACACUUUUUUAAUUGGACUUGCUCUUUUUUUUUCUUUUUCCUCUGUGUAAAGACACUUGAAGGCAAUUCCAUUGUGCAGCGCUGUCUUUUGGGUUUUGUUGAAUUGUGCUAAUCUACGGUCAAAUCUCUGUUUGCAAUUAACACUGAUUUCCAGGAGACAAAUCCUUUCCAGCAACACCUGCCUUAAGAAUUCUCUGUUACAUGUUGAGUGUAUUUUGGAGAUCUCCUCCCAUGUUCCUGCUGAUCCGAUGCGUCACAACGUCAUUUGAGAGCAGACAUUUUAAGCCAUAUUUGAUAGCUGAAGAAUACUAACCCAGAGGUUUAAGGGGAAAAUCAUAAUUUGAAUGUACUAACAAGCUUGUACUUCUGCAUUCUAAGGUGAUAUAAUGGUACAUGACGGAAGGUAGGCCAGUGCUCUGGUGAGGUGCUUGCCAAGAAUUACUGCUGUCUGCCAGAAGUAUCCAUCUUCAGUUGAAGGCUGACCAGAGGGCAAGUUUUGUGUGUAUUUUCCUGACGAGGCCAGUAAAGGAGGAUUAAUUAUUUUUCUGUAGCAUGGUAAGCCAGGGGGUUCUAGUAGCAUAGAUAAUACUGGGUAUUCUUUCCAACAAGUCACUUUUUCUUUUCAGUGAAUCCAGCGUUGUUGUAUCUUGUCCCAGAUUUAUUUUUCACGUCUCUAAAACACCCUGGUUUUGGCACAAACAGCAACAUUUGCUCAAAAGGAGAGCUGGAACACACAUGUUGUAGAUGAGAGGAAAAGAUGCAUUGACUUAAUUGUGAGGCAUGAAUCAUAGCUUCAUAAUCCCUUUUUUAUAGUAGUGCUUCUUCUUGUGCUAGACUGUAGGCACGAAAGAGGAAAUAAAUCCUGCCCUUCACUGUGAAAAUAAUAAGCGAAUGCCACAUGAGGGAGCAUUAAGGAAGAAUACAACAGAGCAGAUCGAUAUUCUUCCAGGCAAGGUUUUCAUAAGUGUGACUGAUUAGUUUUAAUUGAAGUAUUUAAGUAUUGCUUUACCUCUCAUGUCACUUGUCCACAGUAACUGCACAAAACCGGUAUCUAGCAAGACCCAUGUGAAGGUAUGUUUUGUUACUAGCAGUGUGCAUUUUUAAAAAGCAACAUUUUUAGUGUCUUGGUAGGGUCAUUAGUUAAAGACUAGUUGACAGCAGGAGUACUUUUAUACUCCAUUUUGCCAGCUUCUUCCAUUAACACAAUGUUAGCAUUAAGUAAUCAUCAAAUAGUAAGCAAACAGUCAUAGUACCGUACCAACAAUGCAUUUAAGGAUAUUAUUUGUUGGUUAUUUACUUGGUGCUAGCAUUCGAUUUCCACUGAUGCCUUGUGUCCAGACACUGAUAAAUAGAAGAGCAUAGGAGAUACCUCUUAACUGAUUCUGUUCUACAUGGAGUAAUAAUUAAUCUGCACCUUAAUUAAACAGACUUGUGAAAAAUUUCUUGGAGGAUUUAAUUUAAAUAUGGGGCCAGUGGUCCCUUGAUUCCCGGGCAUGACUACAGAUAGUAUUUUUUUUCUUCUUCCUACAUCUUUGUACGUGUAAAGUUAUAGGCCUUUUGCUUCUUUGUGUUGAUCAUCUUGGUAUGUGACAUGUUUAAAAACUCUGCUUCUUGAUCAUAUUUCAUGCUUUAAUAUAUGGCAAAUUUGCUGAUAAAGUCUGCCACAGGCAGGAAGGAGUACAACUACGUUCACUGGGAACAUUCUUAAUGCAGGUAUCUCUGACUCUGUCUGCUGGAGCUAAUUAUUGUUGUAACUGCCUGACUUACUUUCUUUGCUUAUCGAUACUACAGCAUUUACAAACAGCUGAUGUCCUUCGCAGUACUGGCAAAGGACAAUGGAUGAAGUUUUCUGAUAUUUUUUUUACCUCCUCUUUGUCAUUUCCUCUUUCCCUCCCUGUUUUGCUUUUGUAUCUUCUGUUGUUGAUGUAGCACCUUAGUCUUGCCAUUUAAGAUUGGAGAACCACAAAGAUUGGGAUCUUGACUGUGUUAAAAAAGCAACCUCUGUGUAGCUUGUCCUAAAGGCUCCUUUUUACUUUCUCUCUCUGAAAAUAUAGCAAAAGUCUUGGGAUAGAGAUAGGCUCAGUCAUGAAUACUGAAAAAGAACAGUACUGGACAACUGAUAAAUUACGUAUUUUAACAGCUUUGAAAGAUAAACUAAUGAUAUGCUGCUGUUAUCUGAGGAAAAGUAUCUGAAGCGUAACAUAGCCAGGAUAAAUGAUCACAAGAGAGAACUAGCUCUGGAAGAAAAAAAAAUUUAAAAAUUACAUUCCUACAUAGAAAAUGCAUUCCAUAACAAUGUUUGUUUGGACUGUUUUUAUAUUUCUAAAAUUAUAGCUUAUUACUGUAUUCUUAGAUUUCAGACUUUUUUAAAAAAUACAGUGCUUAGAUUUAUACAGGAUUUGUUUAGAUACUUAGUAACACUUGCUUUAUUAGUCAUUUAGUUUUCUUUAUAGACAAGAAGAUAAUCAUUAUUUUUUACAAGACAACAAUUUUAACCUUUCUUAAUAGAAAACACAAGCUUGUAGUUUUGUCUUGGAGCAAUAAUUUAGUGACCUGCACUCUUGAGUCCCCAUUUGAGAGUCUUGAUGUUUAUUCUCAUCUUUUGUGAAGAUAUCUCAGCUGCUGAGGUAUGAUCUCUAUAAACUGUAUUCAUUUACUAGAAUAUAGAUUUUAAAUAUAUAUACACACACACACACACAAAAAAUACUCGUAGGUGUGUUCAGGCUGGGUGCUGUAGGACCUGAAGAAGCAGGUCUGUACUGUACCUUUUGCCAACAGGUGCAUGGAAAUGGGCUGCACAUCAAAGUCCUGGGUUUAAGGAUUCUGAGUUCAUUUUGGAGGUACAAGGUUUAUAACAGCAUUGAUAACUUCUGUAAGGGAUUAAUAUGGGAAAGCAUGGAAUCUUGUUAGGCAGACAUCUCCUUGAGACCUGCCUGCAGAAGGCAAGAGGGAAUUUUAAUAAUUCCAUUAACAGUAACUUAGAGAAAAUGACAUGAUUUGUCACACUGUUUCAGUACCGGUUCAGUCAAUUUUGCACUGACAUUGGUGCAAGUUUUGCCUGAAUAGGUUAUCUGCACCUAGAAGUCUCCGAAUUGGCUAUUGGGAAAUACUUAUGUGAGAAUAGCUCCUUGUAUGACACUCGCUUCAAAAUUUGUGCCUGUACGUGGGCACAAAGCAUGACAACUUUUCUGAAAUCAUGUGUUUCAAACCAGCUUUCAAGUAUGGACAAGUCCCAUGUUAAGGAUUUCAGGGCUGUGAUCUUGGAAAGUCUAGCGGAAGGCCUUGCAGAAUUAAGUUCAGAUAAGGACUAAUAACUGAUCUUUUUGGUUAAAUUAUUUUUAAAAUAUCUUUCAUGUAUAUACAAUUUUUCCUCUGUUAUUUGUAUAUACCUCAACUCUCAAUUUUAUAAUUCCCUGGGAAGGGAGGGAGUUGUACAUAUUUUAGCCUGAAGUGUUUUAUGUUAGACUUUAAUAAACUUGUUUUGUAAUUUUCCCUCA